AUGGACGGCUCGCCCGAACGAGACCCUGAUCAUCCUCGCUUCAUUCAAACCGUUCAAAGACACCCUGAGGUUUCCCUGAGCGAUCCCACGCCGGUUCUUCCGGCAGCGAGUCCCUUCCGCACCCCGGAUCCGCCACGCACCCCGCAUCUUCCGCCUUUUCCGGGAAGAAUCGCCCGUUUCGCCGUGGCGGGUUCCCCGGGUCAGCUUCCCCGCGCGUAUUCCGGCAACACGAUCCCCGGCGCGGCGUCCAGCAGCAGCAGCAGCGGCGCCACCGGCAGCAGCGCGCAGAGCCGCCAGUCUGGGCUCCGUCUGACGCGGAGGCUGGAUCUGGCGGUCGCGGAGAGCGGAGUUGCUGGCGGAGAAGGCAGCGGGCUCCGCGGAAAUAGUAGUACUACAAUAGGUAGCGGUGGCGGCGUCCGCGAGCAGCGCGGGCGCAAGCAGCGGCGGAUUCUACCGAGCGAAGACGAGGUAAAAGCCGCUGCUGCUGGCCACUUGGGCGGCCACGUGGCUGGCCAUUUUGGUGGCCACGUGGCAGGCCAAUCAGCUGGCCACGUGGCAGGUCACGCUGCUGCUUUUCCAAGGUUCUUUGGCGGCAGCAGCUUCGGCGCAGCAGGAGGAGGUUCAGGCGGAGAAGGAUUUCCAGGAGGAUCAACCAAUCACGCUGCUGAUCUAGACGUUCUUAGACACGGGAGUGACUUGCACUCUCAAUUAGCCCAUCUGCUCCAGCAAAACUCCGCUGCUGCCAACCCAAGUGCUGCUGCUGCUGCUGCUACCACCACCCUAGAAGGAAACGCCACCACGUUGCACGCAUUGGGAUUAGGAGGGAGUGCGGGCUUUAGGCAAGGAGGGGAGGGCGGGCAGAUAGGGGCGCGGCAGAUAGAGGGCGGGCGGAUAGAGGGCGGGGUGUCAGUGGGGGAGAUGGAACGAGGGUUGCUCUGGGAUAUGGGUGGAGGGAUGGACACACGCAUGGGAGGGAUGGGAGGAUUGGGGAGAGGGAUGGGGGGAGGAUUGGGGAGAGUGAUGAGUGGGGGAAUAAUGGGGGAAUCAAAUGAGGGAAUGAAUAGGUUAGAAGGGAUGAGAGGCGGUUGGAUGGCAGGGCAGGGCACAGCACCACUGCCGUCAGUCAAUCCCACCGACUCCUUGAGUGCGUCCCUCUCUCUGAACGCCGCUACAGCCGCGGAUUUCCACCGUGCCGCCCCGGGAUUCUGCAUGGCCGGCCCGCUACAGCCGCUGGCAGGAGGCUCGCUGGGCGACAGUGGCAGUGGUGGCGGGUUGCUGUAUGAAUGCAGAUUCUGCGGGAAGGGAUUUGCGCAGUCCCAGGCGCUUGGAGGGCAUAUGAACACUCACCGCCGAGGUUGGUUGGGGGUGGGGGAAAUAGGGGAGGAGAAAAGGGGGGUGGGGGGGGAGUGGGGGGGGGGAGGAGAGGGCGCGGGGGGAAAGGGGAGGGGAGGAGGGGGAAGAGGGGAAGGGGAAGUCGAAGCGAGAAGCGGAGCAGAUGCUUCAGAGUCAGGGAAUCUUACCGCAGAGAGGUGCAAGGUGAGCGAGAAAACCUCUGCCGUUGCUGGUGCUCUUCUGGUGCACUUCUGGUGCACUUCUGGUGCACUUCUGGGAACUUCUAUGCUGCAACCAGGAGCAAUGGCGCAUGCAGGGUCGAUUAUGGCCUCCCUUUUAGCUCACCUGUCGUUUCCUAACUUCUUCCCCAACUUCCCUCCCUGCAGUGCUCGCCUGGGAGCAGGAGAGGCACAGCUGCUUCUGGCGCUCUCCCAGGGAACUCCCGUGCUGCAGCCAGGAGGCAUGGUCCAAGCUCAAGCAGCGGCCACUGUUGAACCCAACCCAGCAGCAGCAGCUGGUGCAAUGCAGACAGCAAUGCGCGGUCAAGAACGUUCCUCACUUCUUCAAAACCCCUCGCUUCAAGCCCCUUCUCCUCAAGAUCCCUCCAUUGCCGCACUUCUCGCCCAUGCCCAGAACCAGGCAGCAGCCGGUAUAAUGCAGACAGCAACACAGGUUCAAGGUCCGUCCCAUCACGCCCCCUCCUUCCACGCCCCCUCCUUCCACGCCCCCUCCCUUCAUUGUCGCCCUCUUCAAGGUCCCUCAUUCGCAGCUCUUCUCGCACAGGUUCAGAACCGGGCAGCAGCGCAACAACAGGCAGCAGUGCAACAACAGGCAGCAGCGCAACACCAGGCAGCAGCGCAACAACAGGCAGCAGCACAGCACCAGUCAGGCACGGCACUCACAGGGCGAGCAGCACACGCCAUCUCAAGUGGUGACAGAAGGCCUUUUGAGAAAUCGCCCUUUGAGGCGACUGAGAAAUCGCCCUCAGCACACGUCGUUGCAGGCGGAAUCAACCAGGCGAAGAACUUGACAGGAGUGAAGAGAGCUUGUGGGGUGAAGGGGAAGGAGAGACUGCAGGUGGGUGGAUAA